GACUCAAAAGACCGCAAAUUUAUUUAAAUUGUUUUUGAUUUGCAAAUAAACAAAUUAAAAUCGAUUUAAUAAGUCAAUUAUUUGUGAUAUUAAACAGUUUAAGUUAUGACUGGUGACAGUGAAAUGCGUAACAGUAGUACAAGCGAAUUAAAUGGCAUCAUCGAUGUGGAACAUUAUCGAAAAUUGGUGAAGCAAUUCAUUGAUAUGAGACGCUACCAGUCGGCACUCUUUUGGGCGGAAAAGGUUUGUUGUCUCAGUCAAAAUGAUCCCAAGGAUGUGUACUGUCAGGCACAGUGUAUGUUUUUGUUGAAGGAAUAUCAUCGUGCUGCCCAUACCAUACGGUUGCACAAGUUAGAAAAGUCUCAUAUUCCCUGUUACAAUUUGCUGUUGGAAGCUCUGUACGAGGCAAAGGAAUUUAAUGAGGCCAUUGUUGUUAUUAAUACGGUGGAUAUAGAAUAUUUGGCUUCUUCACUAAUAAAUCAGCCUUUGGAUGGUGGUGGCAUGGAAGCACCCACUAUGUUGUUUGGUGAAGACAGUGUAAAAAAUGAAAUUUUAGCUUCUAUAAGCUUUUUAAAAGGCAAAAUAUAUGAAGCCAUGGAUAACCGUGGCUUAGCUAUGGACUAUUAUGUGCAGGCUUUACACAAAUCGGUUUAUUGCUUUGAGGCCUUGGAUGCAUUGGUGCAACAUGAAAUGUUAAUGGGUUGGGAAGAAAAAGAAUUGAUGCAACACUUACCUCUCGAACACCAAUCAUCAGAGUCCGAUGCCAAGUUAAUAACCAAAUUAUAUGAAACACAAUUGAAGAAAUAUUAUGAAUCAAUAGGACCACACACCAAUGCCGAAGAAACACCCAUAGGAAAUGUUGGCACGUUUAAGUCGAUCAAAGAGUUAACUGAAAAGAUACAAAGUACUCGUGCCUCGGAUGCCAGUAUUCAUAAAAAGGGCUUACCCAAAAUUAUAACACCCAAACAAACUCAAAUUAUGUCACCAGCCAAUAAAGUUUUGGAAGAUUUAAAAAUACCACCCUUCUCCUUGCAAGUGAGUUUAACACGGGCCUCCUCCCUAAUCAAUGAUUCUCAACGUUCUCAUAUGGAGACACCGGGUAAAAAUCGUAGUAAAGAUGCCGUUGAUACUUCAAAUGCAUUGGCUUUAUCGUCUUGUAUGACUCGCAUAGAGAAGAGUACUGAUGUGAUGGCUGCCGAAGCGGAAAAACUCUUCUAUGAUUGUGAAUACAAAAAGAGUUUUAAAAUUUUAAAUGAGUUGCUUAAAAUAGAUCCAUAUCAUAAUGCCGCUCUAACACUACAAAUCGGUUGUUUGGUAGAAUUUGCGGAUUCCAAUAAACUUUUCUAUGUAGCUCAUAAACUAGUAGAUCGUUAUCCUGAUAAGGCCAUUUCCUGGUAUGCGGUGGGCUGUUAUUACGAUCUUAUAGGCAAAAGUGAUCCGGCUAGACGUUAUUUGUCAAAAGCAACAUCUUUAGAUCGUUUAUAUGGUCCUGCCUGGUUGGCGUAUGGCCAUUCUUUUGCAAAAGAAAAUGAACAUGAUCAGGCCAUGGCUGCUUAUUUUAAAGCCACACAACUAAUGCGUGGCUGUCAUUUACCCCUGCUGUAUAUUGGUGUUGAAUGUGGUUUAACGAAAAACUUGGAACUGGCAGAGAAAUUCUUUUAUCAAGCCAUGUCCAUAGCACCUUUAGAUGUAUUUGUAUUGCAUGAGUUGGGUGUUAUAAAAUAUGAAUAUGAGUAUUAUGAAAGUGCCGAAGAAGUUUUUCGCACGACUGCUGAUAUUGUUAAAACUCGAGCUCAAAAAAAUAGAGAAGAGGUGUCAUCUAGAUGGGAACCUUUAUUUAAUAAUUUGGGCCACUGUUGUCGUAAAAAUAAGAAAUAUAAAGAAGCCUUGGAGUUCCAUCAAUAUGCUUUACUACUAAAACCACAAACUCCACAAACCUAUACUGCUAUUGGUUUCGUUUAUGCCCUUAUGGACAAUUUGGAAGAGGCCAUUACAUAUUUCCACAAAAGUUUGGCCUUAAAUCGUGACUGUAUUGUUACCUCCACCAUUCUAAAAACCUGCAUAGAAGAUUUCAUGGACGAGGAGUCUGUACUUGAUGACAUAUAUGGCAAAUCAUCGUGGAAUAGUAGUAGCAGUUCAUCUUAUCCUACCACAAAAUAUCCCAAUUUAUUCCCACCCAUUGAAGAGGAAGAAUCAGCCACAAUGAAAUACACUGGUAUGAAGUUGAAAUUCGACGAUGAAGAUAUUUCAGCGAAUUCAGAUGAUAUUGAUCCAAAUCUUAUUAUGGCCAUGAACAUGGAUAUUUAGAAAGGCGCUAGUGAUGUUAAUGUGUAGGAGGUAAAGAAACCCGAAGGAAGAUAUGCCAUGGGUCAACGUGAUGGAUUUUCACCUAUGGAUGUGGAAAAAGUCAAUCGUAUGUAUAGAUGUAAAGCAAAUCCCAAACCAGAAGAGCCCCCUAUAGAACUACCCAAACGAGUACAAUCG